AUGGAGCCUCACGGGCCCGCCGAGUCUUCUCCUUAUUCUUCUGCUUCUCCUUCUCUCUCUUCGGACGUGCUGGUGGUGGGAACGGGGGUUUCCGCUUGCCUCUGCGCGGCAGCUCUGGCACGCCGCGGAGCGCGCGUUGUGCAGAUUGAUAGCUCGGGAAACUACGGAGGGGCCUACCAGACGCUCAGGCUCUCGGAGUUGCUUGCCUGGGCGUCUGAGAGAGAGGAGGUGGGAGAAUGUCCAGAACGAGGAGAAGGGGCAAUUGACCAAGUGCCCACCGAGCAGCUGCAUCUGCUUCUAGCGAAAUGCGCAGAAGACAACGCGCUGAGUCUAUCGUGUCACAGACGGCAGAGAGCCGCAGCGAGACCCUCGGCGGCCGCCAGCGAGGCAAAAAACGACUCAACGAGUGACGCGACCUCCUCAGGCAGCUGCCAGCGUCCCGAUUCAGACGAAGCGACGACGGACCUAUACUUGUCUCCUACACACUUCAGACCGGGAGGGAGUGCGGCGUGGGACUCUGGAGUUUUUCGCUCUCGCCACGCGUCUUUCUUUCCGUUUGCAAGGCACACAGAGUGUUCUGUUGGCAGAGGCGCACCUGAUCAAGCAUCCGCUUCGGCGGGUCCUCGCGAGCCUGCGAGCCCACAGAGGACUGCUGCUGGAGGCACCUGCGAGGACGCACCUGGGGCGCCCGGGGCUUGUGCAGAGGCGGAACGAGAAGCCGAUUGGCAACAGCGAGAAAAGGAGGCUCUUCUUCGGCCCGCGAUAAGCAACGGCUUCGGGAUCGAUCUGCUCCCUCGGAUUCUCUACAGCAGCAGUCCAAUCGUUAAUAUCCUCGUCGAGUGCGGUGCGGCGCGCUACCUCGAAUUUCGGCCUCUGGAGGCGCCGGUGUUCGUGGCCGACCUCGAGAUAGGCCCGGAGCUUUUCCGAUGGAACUUUCAGACCAGCGAGGCAGGGGAUGCCGAUGCGGAGGGUUCGCACGAGCGAGCAGCCCUCUCGCCGGUGGAGAGGAACGGCAAGCGCCUCAGGGAGCUUCCGCAGUCUUCUCACGUCGCUGGAGGGGCGCAGCGCGCAGAGGAGGAAGAUCAGGCAGGCUAUCGAGCGGAGACCGCGAAAGGGAGAAGAACAGAGGACGCACACUCGAACGGGGCCCGCGCAGGCCCUUCUGGCCAGCUGUAUGAGGACGCAAAAUCGAACCGUGCGCUCACGCUGCGCGUGGAAAGCGGGUGGGGAAACACCCAGAAAGAGAAAUCCACCUUGUCGUUGGAGGCUGUCCCGCUGAACCGCAGCGCAAUAUUCGGAAGUUCGGUUUUGACGCUGCCCGAGAAGCGUUCGCUGAUGAAGUUCGUGUCUGGCGUCGCUUCCCGGUUUUUGAGUCCGCAGUUCCUCUCUGCGGCCCGCUGCUGGGGCAGGAGACAUGCAUCGAAAGGAGACGGAGCCCAGACAGCUGGGCGCGGCACAGAGACGGGGUCGGGACUUAGCGGCAACGGGGAGCGCAGCGAGGGCGAAGCCGCCUCGUGGGAAGCGUUUCUAGGUGAGCACGGUUUAACGGAGCGUCUUCAGCGCUACCUGACCUUCGGCGUCUGCCUCUCGGAGUUUCCCAUGUGUGGCGUCUCAGGAGCCAACCGCGCGGCGCUUCUCGAGUCGCCUCUGGAGGACAGCGCUUCUGCUCAUCGGAUCGACACGCGGAGGACUGCUGACGCCUGCGAGACGCUAGUCUGGCCCGCAACGGACGGCCAGAAACGCCUCGAGCUGUUUGUGCAGAGUCUGGGCGUGUACGGGCGCCAAGGGGCCUCAGACAGCGCGUGGCUCUAUCCUCUGUUUGGGACCUCCGACCUGCCACAGGCGUUUGCACGCGUGGCCUCGCUGAGUGAAGCUGUCUACAUGCUUCGCGCAGGCAUCCAGGAUAUCCGCGUAGAGCUGGGGGCGGCGCGCGAGCCGCCCGCCGCGCGAGAUCUGGCCGUGGCAGGUGCCUGCGGAGCAGCGGGCGCGAGUGCCUCGCUGAAUCUUGCCGGAGAGGACUUUCCUUGCCUUUGGAAAGCUGCGAGACACGCGGGAAAAGAGGUCACGGUGCGACUCACGAAUGGAGAGAACGUACGAACGCGCCUGAUUCUCUUUGAACCAGAGAGCCUUCCGUCGUUGGCCACGCCAGUGUGGAGAGCAGACGGUGGCGCGUGCCCAGGGCCGGAGCUCGCUUGCGACGCAGGCCGCGACCGCGACGGUUGGCGGGGGCCGAGACGCGAGUCGCAGCCAGAUCUUGGGCAGAUGCUGUUUGAGGACGCAAGUUCCUUGCGGGAGGACCUUCCUCCGCGAGAGGCGAUCCCUUCCGCCGCGCCGCCUUCUGGCGCCCAAGGCGCGUGCACAGGAGAGGCCGGGCGGUUUCCGGAAGGCCCUGGGCAGGGCGAGGAGCAGGCGGGUGGUUCGCGCGCGAGGUUUGGCGAAGAAGCCGCGGCAGGCGAGGUGGCGAAGGGGAGCGAGGCGUCGUUGUCUUCGUGCCACCUCAUCGCCAUCUGCCGCAAGCCGGUCCUGGACGGAAACGGCUUCCGCAUGUGUGUGUGUACUGUGCGCGCAGAGGGCGGGGAGUCGCAAGGCAGAUAUCUAGCGGAGAAGGCGCGCCUCGCGGCGAGUGCCGGGCGGAGCAACCACGAGCCUCGUGCGCAUCCGCGUUGGGCUGCAGCCCGGUGGCCUGUCCACGUCCUCCAGACGGACGCCUCGUGUGCCACGGCGCCGCGAGACUACACCGUGCUGCACCUCGUUCACCUGGGCUACCCCGGCGUCGGCCCGUGUGAGCACUGCUGUCUCGCCGGCAACCGCGACGCCGCAGCGAGCGAGGGCCUUCAAAAAGGUCUCGUCUUGGAGCGUCAAAUGGGGACCCCUCAGGAGAGUGGCGCACACCAGCGCCCGGGGGGGGAGCGCGCCGGAGUCGCGACCACGAGACGGCAGUCCGGCGCCGCCCCCUGCAGCGUUCUGAGAGAAGUGCUGCGGUCGCUGCUCGAGAGGCCAGAGGGCGGGUGCGCAGCGCGGGACUGUUUGUUCUCGUGCUCGUUCGUCUUUGGCCCCGGCCGGGCGGAAGGGCGUCGCCAGCACCGCUGCGUUGAGCAGACCAGGCGACGCUUUGAAGGCUUCCUGCGCGGACUCCGCGAGGAGGCUGCUGGCGACACAAGCGAACUCGCGUGCCUUGACCAGCGGCCGUCCAACCACAUCGAAGGGUCUCCAAAUGGGGCGGAGACCCGCAAAACGGGGCAGGAGGACCCUGCCGGCGCAGCGGCUGGAGAAGCGGGUGAGGGUGAAGCGGUGAAGAAGGCUGGUGAUGAGAAGGAGGAGGCGUGGGAAGCGCGGACGGAGGGUGGCGGUGGGACUGGCGAGGCUUCUGAGCCGCAUGGGCGGAGGCGGGACGAUGGGAAGGGUGAGGAAGGGGAGCAAGCUCACGACGCAAGAGGAGCGCUCGGGAGGGACAGGUUCAGCGGGAAUGGCUGCGGCUUCAUGCUCCUUCCGUCAGCCCCGGUGACGCCGUUUUUCUCUCUACUCAGGGAGCCUGUCGCGUGCCGUGAUGUCCUCACGUCGCUUCUGUCUAGGCCUGAGCCGCUGGCAGUCGACGAGAUGGUGCCCAAGCACGCCAUGCAGGGGCUGCAGGACGUGGAGGAGCGGCAAAGGCUGCUCAACGCGCCGUACGAGCAACUCGAUAAACUCGGCCUGACAGCCGACAGCGAGGUGCUGUCGAUGCCAUCUUUCUCCCACAUGUAG